CUUUGGAUCCUUGCUAGAACGGACGAUAGGUAUGUUGGAAUGCUUUUCUACGUACUUCAUUUCCAAUAUCCCACUGGCGUGUAUGAGAUUUAGGUGGAGGAUCUCUUUUCGCACAUAUGGUAGAUGAUACAUCAUAUCAUGUUGUACUACUUGUAGUUUAUCUUUUUGAAGUAAAAUGGCAGACGUCACAGUUGCAUCUUCUAAAGCGGGCAUCAAUGAUUGGGGUGCGCUAACCUCGCAUCUGUUGGCUACACAUUCUCCCUACGCCGAACACGAAACAUAUCGAGAUAAUUUUCCUUUUUUGCGCGAAGAAUGCCGGGUCUUAGUAAUCGGGGCGGGCGGUCUGGGCUGCGAAUUGCUGAAAGACCUGGCAUAUUCUGGGUUUUUCAGUAUCGACGUAAUCGACCUGGACACUAUCGAUGUGUCAAAUUUGAACCGGCAAUUUCUCUUCCGGCAAGAACACGUCGGUCGCGCAAAAGCAGAAGUUGCCGCGGAGACAAUCAACGCGCGAAUGAGACAAAAGGUGGUGACACCGCACUUCGGGAAGAUCCAGGACAAGAGCGCCGCAUGGUACCAGGGAUUCAAUAUGGUGAUCGCGGGAUUGGACAACAUAGAUGCGCGACGCUGGAUCAAUAGCCUUCUCCAUACACUCGUUCAAAGAGACGAAAACGGCGAAGUGGACCCGGGCAGCUGCAUUCCACUCCUAGACGGCGGCACUGAAGGUGAAAUAUUUAUCAGGAUCAUCAUCAAUAGGGCUUUGCUAUGUGGCUCUCACGAUAUUAUACUUGAAAAAUAAUCUCGUGGAACGCAACUAUCACGACGGACACCAUAAACGCACUAACAUCCCCGUCUCCUUGUUCAGGUCUCAAAGGUCAAGCACGUGUGAUCAUCCCCGGGCAAACUAGCUGUUUCGAGUGCGGACUCGACAUGCUUCCUCCACAAGUGAACUUUCCGAUUUGUACGAUCGCGGAGACACCGCGCCUCCCAGAGCAUUGUGUAGAAUACGCUCUUGUGCUCCUGUGGUUAAGGCCAACGUUAUCGACUUGUAGAACAUCUUUCUUUAACUUUCAUACUAGCUUGGAGCGUCCGAUGACAUCCCUCCCACUAGGAUCCCCCUCCUCCCCAAAAUAAGAAAGUAAGCACGGCAAAGAUGUGAGCGAUAUGCGUUUUCAAAUUUCGAAAAUUUUCCACGUUUUGCCAUCGUUUGAGGAUUGAAUCUCGUGCGUUUGAAGUGCUAAGAUCCCAAAACUUUUUGAGUUUAAGCCCCUCCCAUUCCCUGCGGUUUAAUUUCUUGGAUUUGCAUUCUUCAAAUUUCGAAAAUUUUCCACAUUUUGGCGCCGUUUUGGGAUUGAAUUUUGUGCGUUUGAAGCGCUAAAGUCCCAAAAUUUUUGAUUUUAAGCCCUUUCCAUGGAGCUCAAUCUCUUGGAUUUGCAUUUUUCAAAUUUCGAAAAUUUUCCGCAUUUUGUCGCCGUUUUGGGAUUGAAUUCCGUGCGUUUGAAGUGCUAAAGUCCCAAGAUUUUUGAUUUUAAGCCCUUUCCCUGAGAUUCAAUCUCUUGGCUUCGCGUUUUUCGAAUUUCGAUAAUUUUCCACGUUUUUCGUCGUUGUGAGAUUGAACCUCGUGAGUAGUGCUAAGAUCCCAAAACUUUUGAUUUUAAGCCCUUUCCCUGAAAUUCAAUCCCAUGGCUUCGUGGUUUCCUGGUUUCUUGAUCCUGGUUUCAUGAAGUUUCAUGGUUUCGUGGUUUCAUGGUUUCCCGGUUUCAUGGUUUCAUGGUUUCAUCUCGUGGCUUCGUGGUUUCAUCUCGUGGCUUCAUGGUUUCGCGGUUUCAUGGUUUCAUGGUUUCUUUCACGGUUUCAUGGUUUCCUGGUUUCGUGGUUUCAUGGUUUCAUCUUAUGGCUUCAUGGUUUCAUCUCAUGGUUUCAGGGGUUUAAGGGUUUAUGGGUUUGGGGUUUGUUUGUUUUUGUGUCGGAGGUUGCGGGUUUGGGUGUUGGAGGUUGAGGUUUCGGAGGGGAAGUGUUUGCAAAGUUUUAUUGCUCUUAAUAUUCCCGUCGUGCUCGUAGCUCUGGGGAUUGCUCCUACUUCUCCAAAAACGUUCAGAGCAAAAAUGACGAAAAAGAUACUUACAUAAUGGGGAUCCCUAGCGUUAUGACAGACAGCUCUAAUGUGGGACAAAUUUUUCGGGGAGAAUGCACAGGAAAAGGAGCAACGCAGCUCUGGAGCAGGUUCAGGCGCUGACAAGAGGCGGAACAUCGAAGGCGGAGAAGCAGGUAUGUCAACACCGCAGGACGAUGAAGACCAGGACACCGAGGACCUUGAAGUUGCGGAAGAGAGACUUGAAGAAGCGGCUCUCGAUGCCGAGAUAGAAGACUUGAGGCAAGCCAUCUUAGCCGGUGACGAAAGCGUCGUUGUAAACAAGAACACGGCCUCCUCGUCCUCUUCCUCACAGAAGCCGGUCGUGGGGCAAAGUUUCUAUGGUAGCGGUAACGGUAAAAAGCCGGUGUCUUCAAGUAGAUCAUCUGGUGCCGCGCGACUGCACGACGACCGCGGCGACAACUCGCAGAGUCCUGAGAAUGCACCCUUUCCGCCCUCGCGACGGACGAGUGGAAGUUACCAGCAACCUUCGCGACCUGCAACAGGCUACAGUGCUGGAGUUGUUACAGCUACCAGUGAGGACGUCGCAGGAGGCAAGGCAAUAAAUGUGAAAAGCUCAGCCGCUUCCAGGAGUGCUAUAGAAGUAGAGUCGAGUCAAGGGACCACGAAUCGCAGUGCUGUCGAAUCGAAGGUCCCGAAAGAUAGUGCCAGCACGAGCGGUUCUCCUGCGAAGCACAACGCAGUGGCGCUGAAUAAGGACAGCCCUGUGCAUAUGCAGUGGCUCUUCAAGCAGGCACUUCGGAGGGCGCGACACUUUGGAAUCCAGGGAGUGACGUAUCAGCUCACCAUGGGAGUAGUGAAGCGGAUCAUUCCCGCUGUGGCCUCGACGAAUGCAGUGAUCGCUGCGCAGUUGGCGCAGCUCGCGUUGAAGGUGAUGCUCUAUUGCGGCCCCGUGAACCACAAUUACUUUAUGUUCAUGGGGCACGACGGCUGUUACUCCCACACCUUCACGCUAGAGAAGAAACCGGACUGCCUGGUGUGCGGGGACCGGAGGGACACAGUAGACGUCGUGUUACCGCGUGAAAAGACCCUACAAGACCUGCUUGAUCACUUGGCAACGGCGCCUAAAUUGCAACUGAAGAAACCUAGCAUCACUUCGGCAGCUGGCGUCGUAUUUCUUCAGAAUCCGCCGAGUUUGCGAAAAGCGCACGAGUACAAAUUGCCCCAGGGUCUCGGCCAAUUAGUGGACUUUUUAUGGCUCCUCUCGGUAAUACAUUUUCUCACCGCAGCCAGGGAUCUUCUUAAGCUAAUUCAUCAGCAUGAAAUUCAGCGAUAAAGAUGAACCUCAAGCUGCAGUUUGUCGACAAAAGAAGGUAUUAACGAGACGAGCGUUGCUAAGAUUUGGCGUGUUUCAGCAGGGUGAGCCUCUCCUUGUAACCGAUCCUCUGUGUUUACCUAGCAGCAGCACUCUCAGAAUACGAAUACGAUUCUCCUCGCCAACAAGUGUGGACACAGCUAAUGACCAAUAGCGCCAAUAAAGUACGAUCUUGGUUUUUUUACACUGUUCCACACCUUCUGCUAAUCAAUAAAACAAGAAGUAGUUCGAAAUCGAACUGGAAGUGCCUACUUACUUACGUGGACACAGCACGAUCAAACAUAGGGAUCGCUUGUGUUCCUGUCCACGUUGCGCGUCUUUGUCAAAAUGUGCCGGAAAACUAUCGAGGAAAGCGUUCUACUACGUUCGUCGGGAUUACUUCUCUCUUCGAUCAUCCGUUUCAAUCUUCAGAAAAUAAUUGAUUACCGUUAACAAGAACUGGUCUUAGUGUGAGUUCAUUUUGGCGCAAGAUGAUUAAAUACUGCUAAUAGAAUCAAAUUAAUGCAGCGAUGAAGAUGAUAGGAUUCGUCUUUCUUGCAAAGUUCGUUGUGAAUACAUCCACCACGGAUAAAUCAGUCUGAGCACUGAAGAAAUGUGAGAAUCAAGAUUUGAAUGUGUCGCGGCUAAGAAUGGAUAGGAGAAUAGUGUCUUUGUG